AUGUUACGUUCGAAAACACCGAAUGUUAAUGCUUUAAGGGACCUUACUAAUAAAAUACCACCUUCGAAAAAAAACAAGGAAACACAAUCUGAAAAAAAGAAAGUUGAAAGGAAAAAAAUGAAGGAUAAGAGAGUAGUUCAUGAUAAUUUUCCUGAUAUUGAAUACUGUCCUCCACCUAUGGAAGAGCCACCAUUUGAACCGGAUGACGAAGACCUUAAGAUUGAUUUCGAGCUUUUCAAACAUCCACCUAACUUUGACGCGUAUGAAUUUGAAAAUAUCAUUUAUAAAGAACAAACAAUGGAAAAUUUCAAUGAAAAUGCUUUACAGGAUAGAGAAUUUAUGACCGAGGAAGAAUUAUUUGGUUUUGACAAAUUAUUGGAAAAUGAUGAAUUAAUCUUCUCGGAUUUGGAAUAUGGGAAAGAAUUUAUGAAACAAUUUGGAAAUUUCAAAUUUAGCUAA